CCUGUACACAUGGGGUAGAGCCAGCCAGGAGGCAGGAGAGGCCAGAGCUGUCGUUCUGGGCAGCCCACUCGAGGAUGGCUCCCAGUCUUCCGGAAAGUGCUCGGCUUGGGGAAAGCAAACCCUCGCCUUGCUCCUUUUCAAUUGAGAGCAUUUUAGGAUUGGACCAGAAGAAAGACUGUGUUCCUUCAGUGAAACACCACAGACCGUGGGCAGACACCUGCAGCUCCUCAGGGAAAGAUGUUAACCUAUGUGUGCAUAUCCCGAGCCUUUCUAAUGGGGUCUCAUUCCCUUGUACUGUGGAUCACCCAGUACCAGAAGAAAGAUUUUUGAAAUACGAAAAUUACUUUUCAGCCUCAGAAAGACUGUCUUUGAAAAGAGAGCUGAGUUGGUAUAGAGGCCGGAGACCCAGAACUGCUUUUACUCAAAACCAGAUUGAAGUGUUGGAAAACGUCUUUAGAGUUAACUGCUACCCGGGCAUUGAUAUCAGAGAAGACUUAGCUCGAAAAUUGAAUCUAGAGGAAGACAGAAUCCAGAUCUGGUUCCAAAAUCGGCGUGCAAAGCUGAAAAGGUCCCAUAGAGAAUCACAGUUUCUAAUGGCGAAAAAAAAUUUCAACACAAAUCUCCUGGAAUAGAUAGAAACUAAAUACGUGAGAUUAUCUUACAAUUGCAGAACAUGAAGAAUCAAUGGA